AUGGCUCCCUCAUCAAACUCCAGCUCCAGCUCCGCGUCCAGUAGUGCCAGUGAAGGCCGGUCGUUGUUUGCAUUCACGCCGCUCCCACCUCGCAGGCCCGUGAAACAUUUCCCACCGCAUACAUAUGUUGCUGCUGCAGCUCAGGUAGUGCAUUACAAUGGCAUCGCAAAACUACCUAUGGUCGCCCGUGUGGUUAUAGUAGACUAUCGAGGCAAUCUUGUAGUGGACACAUUUGUCCGGCCGACCCAGCCGGUGAGUGACUAUAGAACUGCUCAGACGGGGAUAAGACCUGUCCAUCUUGCCGGCGCGCCUCAAUUCGACGACGUCCAGCGGUAUGUAGCGGGUCUACUGAAAGGCAAGAUUCUGGUCGGUUACGCGUUGUGGAAUUUUCUUUCGGUAUUGGGUUUGUCACAUCCUGCCAUAGACACCCGCGAUACAGCGCUCUUCAUGCCAUUCCGAAAAAGUUUGAAGUAUAAGCCGAACAUCAUGGUACCGUUGGUGACAUUGGUACGGCAACUCAUGGGUCAUCAUAUCGGACUACAGGGAGAGGUAGCGGUCGAAGAAGCCCGGGCAUCUCUCGACCUCUUCCGUUCUUGUGAACAGCUGUGGGAGGAUAUCGUCAAGUCGGGUGCUUGGCCUUGCUGUUUACCCCCGACGGCAUACGGAAAUUGUUUCAUCUAGUCGGUUCCGGUCAAUAUUGCUGAGAAAUUAUCUUCUACGAGCCGGGCGUAUGGAUGGAAUGUAGGCACAACUAUGCAGGAACCUUAGACUGCUUCUACCAGGUAAAAAUUACGUUUGAUAUUUUUUUUUUUGCCAUGCAUCGUGGGUUAUUCGAUACCGGGGUUGAUCAAUCC